GGAUACUCUCUCAUUACAGAUUAGAGUUACACAGGCAGAAUCUGAAAAAAUGCAUCAACCUGAAGAGGAUGUCGAAAGAGGACAACCAGAGGAAACCUCGUACGGAAUAGCAAGCCACGUGCAACUAGUACAACCGCGACAGGCUUGCACCUCGUCCAUAAGAAGACCCUUGUCAAGGAUCGACACAUCUUCUAGUGAUGAUGGUAGCUCCUGCUCGUUCUCGUCUAGUCGGCAUUCGAGCCUAACAAGGCGGGAGAGAACCUCAAGUCGGGGGAGGCGAGAGAGGACAUCCUCAAGUCGGACAAGACGCGUCGUCGUGGCUGGUUCGGGAGGCGUAGACCGAGAACAACAAGAAGAAACCCUAACUAACGAUGUAGUUGGAGAUGAUUUUAAUUCCGCUGCUGGUGGAACGGGUCAGCCUACAACCGCCCACAGAGGACCGAUUCUUUUCUACGACGAGAAUGGAACUGGUAAUAAUCAAGAAGAUGCAGCUUCGGCAGAUGGAGGUGCUGAAAGCCAGAAGGACGUGCCGGAGAACACUGCAGCAUCUAGCACAACUACAACAGGAGGGGGCUGUACGGAUGAUCAAACGAGAAAUCAGCAGUCAGAUGAUCCCACUGGUUGUACUUCUGCCACACAGGAAGCGCUGCAACAAGUAGAAGGCCGCGAAGGAACGACUGGUUCAGGUACUAGUGGUCGUGCGUCUGCUCCGAAGAUACAACCUCCAACAUCAUCAGGAGCAUCCUCAGGCGAGACUGAUUCUCCUACACAACCGCACGUUAAUCCUCCUCUACUUACUUCAAAUGGUGGUGUUUUGGCAGGAGGAUUUUGGAGUGAACUAGUUUCGAUCUUUGCCUCUGUUGGAACCAGUCGGCUGUCUUUGUGGCCUGGCCAGCUUCCUGGAAGUGGUGCCGUAGUGCCAGUGUAUGAUGCAGGAGCAGGUGCAACAGCACCACGGGCAAGAAGUACUUCUUGUACACCUCUUAGUACUACUUCUUGGUGUGCGGCAGGUCCAGUGCUGAGCAUUUUCGACAACCAACAUCAUAGGCCAAGAGUUUCUGCUGUGAAACAUCAAAGAGUUGCUUCUUCUGGUAGUACUGGAACGACAGAGAAUGAAGAUCAAGAACACGAUGUCGCGUUUACGCAUAGCAGAAGUAACGAACAAGAAGGAGGUUCAUCUUCGUCGUCAUCGGGUAGAGGUAGUGGUAUAAGUGGUUCACCAACAAGUUCUAGUAGAAGACAAGAAUUACGAACUCGCGGUUGCUUAGGUGGAGUUGCUCACAAGCAAGACGACCAUCACCAUCAAGAUCAAAUAGGCAAUCGUAGAAAAGACCCGGCGUCAUUUUACCAGCCGCGUGAAUUUUUGUGUCAUACACAACAGCGUGGCUGUUUCCUUUUGUGGACGGGUUUUGGAAAUGCAGCUGAUAGAAUAUUUUUAAAUGAAUCUAGUACUUCGUCAGUGAAGAUGGGUACUAUGGGGUCGAAGCGUGGAGGGGAUUUGCAGAAUCGACAUGAUCCUGGACUUGCACAAGUCGAUCAUCUACCAGAUGGAGUUGGAGGAGGGCUCGAUAUGAUUCACGGUAGUUCUUCUGGGAUCAACAAGCCGAUGCACCAUAGUAACACUAUUACUACACUUCAUCCGAUGUUGAACGAGGACCCUAAGUUGUUACUAGUAGAACAAGAAAUGUUGACAGAGGAGGAGGAGAAAAUCCUCGACCGCUUUGGUGCUUACGCUCUUACUCCACUCCUCUCCGACCCGGCUGGCCAAGAGGUGAUUCUCAACUUCUGCACGUUGAUGGAGGGCAUUCAAGACGGAACCAGUCUAGUAGUCUUCUACUUUUUGAAGAACAACUACUACUUGAGUCCUAUGGAGUCCUCCAUCGCUUUGGGAAUAAUUCAAAUGCCGUGGAUCUUGAAGCCGUUGAUGGCUUAUGCAACGGACACUGUAUUCCUCAAUGGGUACCAGAGACGUAGACCGUGGAUCAUUUUGAUGAACCUCUUGACGGCAGCUUCCUAUGCAGCCAUCGGCGCCAGUGGAUUCCAACUCUCUCUGCCAUUGGGCGUGCUCUACCUGACAAUGACGAAUAUGGGCAGGGCUUUUGCUUUGGCUGCGAUCCAAGGGGCGAUAGUGGAACGAGGACAACAACAAGCAGUAAAAACAGUAACCGGAGGUCCUAGUAGUAAAACAACCGGAGCAAGCUGCCCAACAACAUCAACAUCAGCCGUAGCAGCAACUUCUGAUCAGAGCAUUUCGGAGUUCUUCUGGAUUCGCAGCAGUGGAGCACUAAUUGCAAGUUAUCUGUCUGGCGUUUUACUAGAAAAGCACGUCCCGGUAGAUCUGCUAACAGGCUUGUCCAUGGCGCCAUUGGCAGCAGCAACGAUUGCAGGAAUCUGGAUGGUGGAAGAAAAGAAACAGAUGUCAACAUCUAGUAUUAAGGCUCAACUUUCAAUGGUCAUUGCUUGGGGUUGCUGGUCACUGAGAUCGAAGAGGCGACCCCUUGAGGAAAGAUGGGGGGAGAACGAAGGGAAAGGGGAGAGCUUUGAAGGGGGUCGCUUUCGUUCAGAGUCAUGACGACCAAGGAAUGCUGAGCUUUAAUAAUAGAUCUCAAUCUCGUCGGCAAGUGGGAACGACAAGGACACAAACAUCAGAAUCUUGUUCUAGCAUUUCGUCUUCAACAUCAGCACUUCAUCUUGCUGGAUUGGAAGGAGCACAACCAGGAGUAGGGGCUGUAGAAGAACCUGUGGAUGAGGGUCCCACGCGUGCAUUUUCUCGAAAACAUCUAAGACAGCUGUGGAGGGAGCUGAAAGAAGCGUUGAAGAAUCCGAUUUUCUAUGGGCCCGUGAUCUAUCUGUUGUGGUACUUCAGCUUCAAUUGGAAUUAUAGAGUUCUUGUUUUAAGGCUCAGCUUUGUUGUAGUUUACGAUGUUGAUGAGGAAAUCUUGAUCUUCUAUUUUCUACUAGUUCAUCCUCUACCUACCUUCCUCUGCCUCAAGCUCAACGCUAACGCAUGAUUGAUACUCUGAAGCCUUCAUCAACUAAAGGCCUCAAAGUCAAAGCAGGUGUUAGUAUAAAAACAGAUAGAAGAGGAUCCAUGACAUGACAUGACAUCAUGACAUCUUCAGUUACUGCUGCGGUCCCAACUACGACGACGCUUUGUACUACUAUUACGUGAACAAAUUGCAUUUUUCGCCAGAAUUCAUGGGCAGGAUCUCCUUGAUCCAUUCCUUCGCCAGACUGUGCGGAUUGGGGUUCUAUCGUUUCCUCGUCAGUGGUCCUGGGUCUAGCUGGACGACGCGCAAACUCCUCCUCUCCGCGACACUUCUCUCCGUGCCCUUCUACGUUACGUCUCCGGCUUUGAUAAGCAGUGGAUUGUACUCGAAACUAGGGAUAAGUGCCAAGUUCUUGGCUUUGGGUGGCGAAGUGGUGCGGGAUAGCUUCUUGUAUGUGCAGUUGAUGCCAGCACUCACAGCGGCGACGUUGGUGGGGCCGAAGGGGAUGGAAAGUACUACUGAUGAAUCUAAGAAGAAAUAAUAUGGCUGUACACUUCUGAGAUCUUGUAGUGGUUUCUACACGUUUUUCGAGAUCAAGAAUAGGCUGGCUCCUUCGAAAUUGUAACACACUUAUCUUCAACUGAAGUAAGAAAUGCGAAUAAAUCUUCAGAGACCAUACCAAAAUAAGUAAAGAAUUCAAAGACCAUAGCCAUACCAAUUACCAAAAUAUAGGUACAAUUUUCUCGGUCGUAACCGCUCUCGGACACGCGGGUAAAGGGGUGCAGAGAUUAACUUCAGCGGCCACAAUCGCUGCUUUCGGGGUUACAGCCGAUAACUUCGUACACCUCACACCCCUAAUAUUCUUCUGCGGUAGCACACUUUGUGUACCGAUUUUGGUUUUGCCGUUCAUCAAGUUUGCGGAUGAAGUAGAUGCAACUGAAGGUGGUACGCGUAGUACGAUGAAUAAUUUGCUCAGAAUUGAAGCUGCAGAUAAUUUGAAUGCUGAGGAAGGGAAGGAACACCCAGAAGGAACAGAUUUUAGGGAAAGAAAACGACAAGAUUGAUGGCGAUCAUACACCCUGUUGAACAGAAGUCUAAUAUUGCCUGUUGAUGACGACGACUAUUUCUCUGACAUAAUUUCCCGAAGGGUGUAUCUAUACUUCAAUAUCUAACGAAUGCAACGAUAUGACUGUGAACAGUAAAGAUAACGACAUUUUUCUAUUCGUUUCGCUUUUUUCUGUGCCGACGUUUCGCAUGAUACUGAUUUCUUCCAUGAAUACUUACUUUUUUUCUUCAGGAGCCACGUAUCGAAUUUCUAAGUUUAACAUGAUGAUGCGUGUGAACAGGGUCGUCAGGCUUUGACCACCUAAUAGUAAUGAUUUCCUUGGACUAGAUGUGAUGUGAUAAGUACUUACAACUAGAACUUGAUAUCUUGUAAUAUUUACUCUUACAACUAGUCUGUCGCGAGUGAGUAGUUGUACUACAUCAGCCGUAUGUAGUUGUUUCGAUUUUCUAAAGCGAAAUCCAAAGGAAGGAGGAACAAGCAAGAGAACCUUAUGGAGAUGACGCAUUGUUGUACAGGUGGUCAAGUGAAAAACGAAAAGUCUUUGUCUUUCUACUUGUUUGGUUGGUUGUCCGUUUUUUGGGAUUUUUUGUCCGAGGAGGAUGUCACUACUCAGCAACUUGUUCUUUGUCCGAGGAGGAUAUCGCC